AUGUCACAAUCAACAAAUUUUUCGACACCCGCUGCUUCAGCGUCACUUGAACUUAUUCGACCAACAACAAGUGGUUUAAUUUCAUCAGAGAAUCAGUUUCUUAAACAAAAAAAAGUUUUUGAAAGAUUUUCUUCGGUAGAUAUAAGUGGUCAAAAAUAUAUGAAUCAGGAUGAUUUUAUUUCUGCUAUAGCACCAGGUGAAGAUUAUAAAAAAAUUCAAAAAGAACAAUUUGGAAUACUUUUUAGAAUAGCUGAUCAAAGUAAAAGAGGAUUAAUAUCUUUUCAAGAUUUUGUAAUUUUUGAAAAUUUAAUUUCAAAACCGGAUGCUGAAUAUGAAAUCGCUUUUAGAUUAUUUGAUGUUGAAGGCAAAGGAAAAAUUAGUUUUGAUCAAUUUAAAAAUAUUUUAUCUUCUAAUAUUACACCAGAUAGUAUACCUUUUGAUUUUAAUUGUGAAUGGUUGAAAUUAUAUGUUGGUAGAACUCCAGGGAAAGAACAUGACCUGGCUUACGAAGAGUUCACACAAUUAUUAAAAGGAUUACAAUCAGAACGACUUAGGCAAGAAUUUAAAUUUUAUGAUAAAGAAGGUAGUGGAUAUAUCACACCUGAUAAUUUUAAAAAAAUUAUUCUUUCUAUAGCAAGGCAUAAAAUUUCCGAUUAUGUUAUUGAGCACCUACCUACUUUAUGUAAUAUUUAUGCGGGUAACAAGAUCAAUUAUUCAAGUGUCGUAGCUUUUCAUAAUAUUGUGCGACAGAUGGACAUGGUAGAAAGAAUUGUUAUUAAAGCUAUUUCGGGAAGUAGUGAUGGAAAGAUUACCAAGAAUGAUUUCCUUAACACCGCUGCAAAAUCGACAAGGUUUUCAUUAUUUACACCAUUAGAAGUCGAUAUUAUUUUUCACUUUGCCGGGUUAGGAAAUCCAUCAGGAAGGUUAUCAAGACGUGACUUUGCCCAACUUUUGGAUCCUAAGUGGGAGCGACCCCCAGAGAUUCGGUCAACUGUUAAAAAACCAACAAAGGAACAUACUGGAAUUGGAUGGGAGAUAUUACAUCAAGUUUAUUCUUUUGCUCUAGGAUCAAUAGCUGGUGCUGUGGGUGCAACAGUUGUGUAUCCUAUUGACCUUGUCAAGACACGGAUGCAAAAUCAACGAUCUAGGGUUGUAGGAGAAUUGCUAUAUAGAAAUAGUAUAGAUUGUUUUCAAAAAGUAAUAAAAAAUGAAGGAAUAUUGGGCCUUUACAGUGGACUUGGUCCUCAGUUAGUGGGUGUAGCACCUGAAAAAGCUAUAAAGUUGACUGUGAACGAUUUCAUGAGAGCCCGACUUAAGAAUAAAAACACUGGUAUUAUUCCAUUACACUAUGAAAUUCUUGCAGGUGGAAUAGCUGGAGGUUGCCAAGUG